UGGUCGCGAGGCGGACGUCGGUCCCGGAGCCUGACCAUUGGCCACUGAGCCGAGCCGGCGCUGCCCCGCGCAGGGGAGGCAGCACGUGCCGGGGGCGAGAGCGGAGACCACAGCUAUGGCGUCGUUACUUUGGGGAGGCGACGCUGGGGCGGCGGAGAGCGAGCGGCUGAACUGCCACUUUUCAAAUCUCGUCCACCCCAGGAAGAACCUUCGUGGUAUUAGGAGUACCACAGUCCCAAACAUAGAUGGCUCUCUUAACACGGAAGAAGAUGAUGAUGAAGAUGAUGUAGUGGAUUUGGCAGCCAAUUCACUCUUAAACAAAUUAAUCCGUCAGUCCUUAGUAGAAUCCAGCCACCGAGUGGAAGUCUUACAGAAGGAUCCCAGCUCUCCGCUCUACUCGGUGAAAACAUUUGAGGAACUGCGGCUAAAAGAAGAGUUACUAAAAGGGAUUUAUGCAAUGGGAUUUAACAGACCAUCCAAAAUCCAAGAGAUGGCCCUCCCUAUGAUGCUCGCACAUCCUCCCCAGAACCUCAUAGCACAGAGCCAGUCUGGAACGGGAAAAACAGCUGCCUUUGUCUUAGCAAUGCUAAGCAGAGUGAAUGCCUUGGAAUUGUUUCCACAGUGCCUCUGCCUGGCUCCUACCUAUGAACUGGCUCUGCAGACUGGCCGUGUGGUUGAAAGGAUGGGGAAAUUCUGUGUGGAUGUUGAAGUGAUGUAUGCCAUUCGAGGAAAUCGAAUUCCUAGGGGCACUGAAGUCACCAAACAGAUUAUAAUUGGUACUCCUGGGACUGUCCUAGAUUGGUGUUUCAAGCGAAAAUUGAUUGAUUUGACUAAGAUUCGUGUGUUUGUCCUGGAUGAAGCAGAUGUGAUGAUCGACACCCAAGGAUUCUCAGAUCAGAGUAUUCGUAUCCAAAGAGCGUUACCCUCUGAAUGCCAGAUGCUCCUCUUUUCAGCGACCUUUGAGGACUCUGUGUGGCAGUUUGCUGAACGAAUCAUCCCUGACCCCAAUGUUAUCAAGUUACGAAAAGAGGAGCUGACCCUGAACAACAUCCGGCAGUAUUAUGUGCUGUGUGAGAACAGGAAAGACAAAUACCAAGCCCUGUGUAACAUCUACGGUGGCAUCACCAUUGGCCAGGCCAUCAUCUUCUGCCAGACGCGUCGAAACGCCAAGUGGCUGACUGUGGAGAUGAUGCAGGAUGGCCAUCAAGUAUCCUUGCUAAGUGGGGAACUCACAGUGGAACAGCGAGCAUCCAUCAUUCAGAGGUUUCGAGAUGGCAAAGAGAAGGUUCUUAUAACGACCAAUGUCUGUGCGCGAGGAAUUGAUGUGAAGCAGGUUACCAUUGUUGUGAACUUUGACCUUCCUGUAAACCAGUCAGAAGAGCCAGACUAUGAGACCUACCUCCACCGUAUAGGACGAACGGGACGCUUUGGGAAAAAAGGUCUCGCCUUUAACAUGAUUGAGGUGGAUAAGCUGCCCCUGCUUAUGAAAAUACAGGACCACUUCAAUAGCAAUAUUAAGCAACUCGACCCAGAAGAUAUGGAUGAGAUUGAAAAGAUCGAAUAUUGAAGAGAGGCCUUUGAUGUCUGUGGGCUACCCUAGUUUAUGUGAGAAUGUUCCAGUAGGGCUUGAAGAUAAUUUUCUAUGUUGAGGCUCUGUCAAGGUGACACUGUCAUAGAUGAGAAAAUAAAUGCCAUGGUACCCUUUAUUCUAAGACCUGAGGUCUUUUUGAAACCAAAUUGAUUUGAAGCAUGUGACCCUUUUAAAUGAGAAGGCAAGAUUCCUUCUUCUAACCUGUUCUACCGGUAAAAAUGUUGCCUGGGCUUCUUAGAUGGCUUUCUAUUUAGUUUAUACGCUGUGUAGAUCAUGCCAGUUUAUGAGCCUGGCCACAAGGGGGCAGCAGAACAUCACCAAUUUUAGAAUUUGCACUAGUAGUACAGAUAAGAAACUCCACCCAUUUUCAAGCUUCACUCACAGGCUGCCCUUUCUGCAUAUUAGUUUCCCCAUUCCCACCCCUUGUCCUCAGGUGAACAUACACUUUGAAACUUUCAUGAGAGAGAGAAUAUGAGAGAACAUUUUGCUUUUAAUAUUCCAGGCGACACCCAGAACUUCUGAAUAUUUCCCUCUUCUGCUGUUACUGUCUUCAGAUUAGAAAAGAUUUAUUCUAUCAGGUUAUCUCAUAGUCUUUAAAAAUGUGGCUUUAUUCUAGAUAUUUUCAGAAAGUAAGCAAUGAAGGUUCUAAAAAAAAAAAAACAAGGUAGGACCUAGAGCAACAUAUCAGUGGGUACAGCUCUAGCUGUACUGUCUGUGUGAGUGGGGGGUUCUGAAUUCACAGCCCCAGCCCCAGUGGAAAGGCCGGGUCUAGUAGAGCAAGUCUGCACAGAGCUGGGAGCCAGAGACAUAGAUCUAGGGAGCUCACAGGCCAAGUCAGUCUAACGGAAAUGGCGAUAUCCGAGGUCAGUGAGAGACGCAGUUCCAGAAAACAAGGUGGGAAGAGUGACAUCUGUCCUUCACAUGCCCACAACCAUCAGCACUCACACACAUGUGCACACCCCCCCACGCACACGCACCCAGGCGUGCCUGUACGCCUGCAUGCCUGCAUACCCAGAGCACGCACGUGUACACAUGCGUCCCUCACAUGCAUGCACUACAUGAAUCCACCAAAAACUGAAACAAAUCCAAAACACGCCCAGAAGCAGCAUGUCAGGGAGUCAAAGAGUUUGUUUAUAAAGGUGUCAUGGUAGCUGGACAUGGUGGUGCAUACCUGUAAUCCAGUACUUAGGAAGGAUUCCCACAAGUCUGAGGCCAGCCUAGUCAACACAGCAAGACCCUGGCCAGAAUUGAAAAAGAAAGAAAGAAAGAAAGAAAGAAAGAAAGAAAGAAAGAAAGGAAGG